AUGAAUACAUUAGCAGCAUGUGCUCAGGAGACUAAGUGGGUAGGAUCGAAGGCGAGGAAUGUAGAUGGGUUUAAAUUGUGGUACUCUGGACGCUUGAAGGGUAAGAACGAAGUGGGUAUUCUGGUGGACAGGGAUCUUAGGGAGUCGGUGAUUGAGGUUAGGCAGGUGAGUGAUAGAUUAAUAUUUAUUAGGUUAGUGGUUGGAAGGCUCACUCUAAAUGUCAUUAGAGCCUACGCGCCCCAAGCGGGUUUGGAUGAAGAGGUUAAGAGGUGUUUUUGGGAGGGUUUGGAUGAAGUGGUGCGUGGUAUUCCGCCCACGGAGAAGUUAUUUAUGGGAGGGGAUUUCAACGGGCAUAUCGGCGCGUCCGCCCGUAGUUAUGGCGAGUUGUAUGGUGGUUGUGGCUUUGGGGUUAGGAACAGAGGUGGAACUUCUUUAUUGGAUUUCGCUAAGGCUUUUGAGUUGGUGAUUGCGAACUCUAUGUUCCCGAAGAGAGAUGAGCAUUUGGUUACUUUUCAGAGUACAGUGGCUAAGACUCAGAUCGAUUAUCUUCCCCUAAGGAAGUAUGAUAGAGGGUUGUGCAAGGAUUGCAAGGUUAUCCCGAGUGAGUCACUCGCGACCCAACAUCGGCUCUUGGUGGUGGACGUCAGCAUCCCGAUAAGGAGGAAGAGGAGGGUGGUUCGGAGUAGUCCGAGGAUUAGGUGGGGUGACUUGACGAAGGAGAAAGCUCACGAGCUGGGGAUGAGGCUAUUGGCUAUGGGGGCCUAG